AUGAACCUUACCAGCUACACAGAUGAGCGCCUUGACGAAACCAUUUCGCAGCUGAAGCCUCAUUUCAUGAAGAGCUUCAAUGUGAAAGACGAGUCAGACGUUGAGUGGAUUCUCUUUACAUUUGCCCCAGGACGCGUCAAUUUCAUCGGUGAGCAUGUGGACUACAUGGGCGGUUACGUUUGCCCCGCUGCUGUGGGAGACGGCUGUCACAUCCUCGUUGGUCGCGUAGCGCACAUUAACGACGACAAGCUGCGCUUUGCCACCACCCGCGGUGAAUACUUUGAGCUUGAGGACCUGAACGACAAGUCCCACAACAAGGCGUGGACCACCUUCAUUCGUGGAGCGGCUGCCAUUCGGCUGGCCCACCACGGCGUAAAGCUUGGCGCAGCACCGCUGAAGGGCCUUUGUAUGAUGAUCCUCGGAACGCUGGAGAUGGGUGCAGGCAUGAGCGCCUCCGCAUCUUUCGACGUUGCACUGCUCAACGCAUUCUCCACAACCAUCACGGGCCGUCAUCUGCACGCGAAGACACCAUCCGGGCGGCGGUACGCCAUACUCCCGAGGGAGUCCCAUGAUGAUAUGAUCGAGCUUGUGAAGCAGGGACGUCGCAUUGAGACAGACUUCUGCGGUGUGCAGAUUGGCAUCAUGGAUCAGUUCGCCUCCGCCUUCUCGGUUGCCAAUUCAUUCAUGGUUCUGAACUGUACAACACUGGAGUACAAGCUCUGCGAUAUCACGCCAGUUACUGGCGACGAUGCCUGCUUCCUCCUCAUUGACUCCAUGAUUAAACACGAUCUGCAGGGCGAGACAGCAGGAACGUACAACACCGUUCGGAGCGAUCAGGAAGAUGCUCAGGAGAAGAUCUCAAAGAACGUUCUGGGUGGCCGCCCGUUCACCUUCACCGAGCUUGUCCGUGAUCCCAAGAAGUUCACUGCCGAUGGUGACGCCCCCGCGUUCGUGAAGUCGUGCCAGAGGUUCCUCACAAGCGGUGAGUUUGAUCGCGGCUACUACAACGUCACGGAGCAGAUCCGCACACGUGACUUCAUCGCUCUCACCGACCCCAACAGCGGUCUGACACACGAGGAGUGCUUCAAGCGCGCAGGUAAGAUCUUGAACGAGGCACAUGAGGGCAUGAAGACACUGAUGAAGAUUUCAACUCCCGAGCUGGAUCUCAUUCAGUCGACAAUCAACGAGGACCCAGAUGUCGCCGGUGGACGCCUGAUGGGCGGUGGAUUCGGUGGUUGCGUCAUUCUGCUACUCAAGAAGAGUGCUGUGGAGCGCGUGGUUUGCAACGUGCGGGAGAAGUUCAAGGCUCGCUUUGACGUGGAGAAUAAGGUGUACCCCAUUGCCAUGGGUGAUGGUGCCUUUGUGGUAUCAUUGAGCAGCUAG